AUGUCAUCGGAUAAGAUCAAGCAUAUGGUGACGACCCGCUAUGACAAUGAUAAUAUAAAUUCGCUUUCUAGAUAUUCACCAGACGGCAGAGGACCAGACAUAAUUGGAACCUUUACAAAAACUGUGAUUCUUGUCCAAUGCAAAUACCAUAAAAGAAGAAGAAUCGGUCCUACGUCCGUGCAAAAAUUAGAACGAUUAUUAUCAAAUUUCCCCAAUGAUACAAUUGGGAUCAUAGUAGUCCCGUCAAAAAAUAAAUUUAAUUAUAGUGCUAUAGAAAGAGUUAGAACAUCCAAGCAUAAUAUUAUCUUAACGGACGGAAGACAUUUAUACUCGGAUCUCAUUCGAUUCUUUGAAAAUCACAAAGCUCAAAGACCUCUUAAUUUUAAUUUCAAAUUAACUGUUGUUUUUUUAUCAGCUAUUAUGAUG